AUGAGCACACGUGUGACGAGGAGCGAUGCGCGCAGGAUGAUGGCUGCCCACCAGUCGUCCGGAGGAUCUAGCCCGGGGCAAGGAUGGUCGGCAGCCCGGCCUACCCGAGCCUCGCGGCGGAUCUCCGGGCGGGGCGUCCCCGAUCCGGUGAUCAGCACCGACAGCGACGUCGAGUUGGUGGAGGACCCGCGGGUGGAGCAACGGCGAUGCCGGCUUCGCAAGGCGUUCAACCGGGCCGACGGAAGCAUCCCGACUGGCGCGGCGCAGGUGGAGUGGGCCAGUGAAGAACCGGCCCAGGACCAGCCGGCUCCCGUUAGCCAUGCCGAGGCUGUGGCAGCGGCUACGUGGGAGUUCCGGCGCAAGUGCGAGGCGCGAAGGCGAGACGAGGAGCGGCGGUUGAAGGAGAUGGAGGGUGAGCCCGCUGGACCCCAGGAUACGUGGCAGACCGGAGCAGUGGGCACCACCGACGCCGAGCACCGGACCAACGACGCGAAGGACAGGCCCUCGACGCCAACGCCUACCGGGAGCGCAGUAACCGCGGAGCCUCUGGAGCGAGGACCCUUGGUGUGGCCUGAGCCCGUGGAAAACGGCCGUCCUCCGCUCAAGCGGCAGCACUCGGCGCCCGAGGUGUCCGAGGUGGUGGCCCGGCCGAAGUUGUCGCGGACGGUGUCGGCGCCGGAGGGCCAGCGAUGGCGAGAAAUCGCGGAGACGGAGUGGCCCGAAGGGAUCGCGGAGGCACCGGUGGUACAGGAGGCUCUCAUCCUGGGCGGCAGGCGCAGCGCAAUCGUCGAGGCGCAGGAUCGACUUCUGGUUCCGGAGCAGACGGCCCCACAAAAGCUGAACACGGAACGGGAUACAGCGGCGGAGUCGGCGGUGAACGCAGCUCUGGCACAGGCUGCCCAAACCUAUCGCGCAUCACAGGAGUUAGGAGUGAGCCAGGCGUUGCGGGAAGAAAUCAAGUUGUUGAACGACGUCCAUAAGCCAGCCGAGAGCAAACUGCAGCCGCUUCAGGAGAGCGCGAGUCGCCAAGUGUCGAUGGUGCCCACCCCGUCGUGUCCAGAAGGCGGCGCAAAUGGCCCAGCGGAGAUUCAGCAGCGGCAGGAUACAGGAGGAUGCUACCGAAGGCCGCCGGAAUUGCCACCCAGGCAGCGACCUCGACUCUCCAGGGAUCGACAGGAGUCUGAGCCAGGAACCCUGUCAUCCGACAGGCAGGAGCGAUCGCCACGCACGGCCAUGGCGCAUCGAGGACGGCGUAUUUUCGGGACGAGCCGCGGUUAUACGCCAACGCGUGAGCCGGCAACGGAAACCGCUACAUCCGAGUGGACCGCUGGAACCUCUCAUUCGGCGGAAAGGAGUUCCUGCAGUGGCAGCACCAGUGAAGCAAGUCCACAAAGGGAUAAGUUCGCAGAAUAG